AGGAGGGGGGGGAAGCGCUGCUUAGCUUUUGGUCCCGAGCGAUGAUGGAGCUGGAGUCGGCCAGUAACAGAGGCGAACUGGGAGCUGUGGGGGACUCGCUGCAGCCACAGACUCCCAGCAGACACGAGAAGAGCCUGGGACUGCUCACGACCAAGUUUGUGACUCUGCUGCAGGAGGCCAAGGACGGAGUGCUGGACCUGAAAGCGGCGGCAGACACCUUGGCAGUGCGGCAGAAACGACGUAUCUACGAUAUCACUAAUGUGUUGGAGGGAAUCGGACUGAUAGAGAAGAAGUCCAAGAACAGCAUCCAGUGGAAGGGUGUAGGUCCAGGCUGUAACACCAGAGAGAUAGCCGAUAAGCUGAUUGAUCUAAAGGCCGAGCUAGAUGACCUGGCUCUCAGGGAACACGAGCUGGACCAACAAAGAGUCUGGGUCCAACAGAGCAUCAAGAAUGUCACAGACGACUCUAACAACAGCCCUAUGGCCUAUAUAAAACACGAAGACCUCUGUGGAGCUUUUAAAGGUGACACACUCCUAGCAAUCCGCGCUCCCAUUGGCACACAGUUAGAAGUCCCCAUACCAGAAUCUAUCCUGAAUGGACAGAGGAAAUACCAGAUCCGUCUCAAGAGUUCAUCUGGUCCCAUCGAGGUUUUGCUGGUCAACAAGGACCCGUCCAGUGCCUCUCCCGUUGUUUUGCCCGUCCCUCCUCCAGAUGAUGUCCUUCAAAGCCUCCCAGCACCGAUACCUACCUCUCAGCCGCCCACUGCUGCCUCCCAGGUCCCCAAAGCAGCUCUAACAACUUCUACAAAACCUGUUCCUGUCACAACGUCAGCUACAGCGGCUAACCAGACAGCCUCAGUGACAGAAGUGACGAGCACCACCCCGCUCACCCCGACAACAGAUACACCUGCUACAGUUACUCAGCAACUACAGUCUUCUGCCUCGUUGGAUGGAUCUGCGUCCUCUUCUGCCUCUGCAGUGUUUGAACCAAUUAAGUCGGAUCCCUCCGAAUUGCUGGACUUUCCCAAAGAGCUCUCUGACAUGUUUGAUCCAACAAAAGAGAUCAUGAGUGGAGACCUGUUGGAGGACUUGAUGUCCUCAGAAGUGUUCUCGCCUCUCCUCCGUCUGUCCCCUCCACCCAGCGACCACGACUACAUAUACAACCUGGACGAGACAGAAGGCCUGUGUGACCUUUUCGACGUCCCCAUUCUCAACCUCUGACCCCAGAGAUUGUUGUCAGAGUGUGAGGCAGUUUGCCAAAACGUGCUCAUCUAAACUUCAUUUUCUCCACGUUUCCCCCUCCUCCUCCUCCUCCUCCUCCUCCUCUCCGAUGGUGAAGGCGAGAAAGAGGUGUGGGAAAAGCCGAUAUGUUCUGAUGAGCGUUCAAGGGACACCUCUGCACUGACACGGCGAGCUCGAGCUGAGCUCAGCACCACAGUAGCUACAUGUACAGCCUCAUGAAGAAAAUACAGGCGAGAACAAAACAUUUUACUUACUGCUUUUCCAAGGAAACAUAGUCAAAAACAAAUGACAAAUAAUUCUAUUUUUGGAUUAUGUAUGAUAAAGCUAUUAUGUUUGUGUAUCAGCUUUCCCAGUGUGCUUGUGAGCGAACGUGUGGGCAUACUUUAUGUGUGUGUGUGUGUGUGUGUGUUUUGUAUUGUAUGCUCUCUUAACUUGAGUCAGACAUCUCCAGGAAAAAACUAAACAAAAAAGAAAGAAGAGAAUCUUUUGCUAUCAGGUAAAAAGUCAUGGCAGACUAACGGAGCACAGCCUUUAUCACCCGGGCAGCUGCUCACGCAUGGCUUUGAGUCCAAACACAGCUGGUUGAAAUAAGCACUGUCCUCAUGUACAUAGAGAAUAUAUAUUUUGUAUUACCAGCACACAAAACUUAAUGUUUAACAAUGAACUACAUUUGUAACCCAGGCAGAGCAAUAGUUUGCAAAUAAAACAAAGGUACCAGACUCACAUGAUCGAUACUGUAUGUAUGAAGUGGGGGGGGUGUACCAGGUAGAGAAAAAGGAUCUUAAUGUUGAGUGGAAACAGUGCAGUACGUUUUAAAGCUCUACCAUUUCUAACACUUUUGAAAGGGCAACAAGGUGAAAGUUAAAAUAUAAUAAAGUGUCUAAUCUAAGCUCCAAAUUACGACUAUCUUGUUCUCUAACUGGUUCAGUAACCCCCCCCCAACACUGAAAUGUUUGAUUAUUAAUUAUGGGCUUGCUUUCUGUUUAAAUUUUUGCCUCUGGACCUUUUUUGGACUUUGCAGAUUUUUAUUGGCUCUGAUUUGUAACUUAAAUGGAUUCAUGUCAAGAGGAUUAGCUUUUUUUUUUUCUCUCCCCCACCACCCACCUCUCCAAAAUGAGUUCUCUGGCGAUUGUCUUACAAUUUAUAAUGUAUGUAUAUGAAUACCAUUGUACUGAGUUCAUUUGUAUGUAAAAGGACAUUAUGUAUUUCUGAUGAAUUUCUACUGAUGCAGUGAAUAUAGUCGCCAUGCCAUGAAAAAAAAUGCUCCUGUUUUUUUGCUGGUUUUUUGUAUAUUUUGGCACAGAUCCCUAUUCUGUUUUAUUUUGGUUUUGUUCUGUUUCCAGUAAAUUAAAUACUGCCUAUCACUCUAAAUUAAAUUUUUCAACUCUAAUGCAAAUGGGGGGGGGUUCAGGAUGAGUCCGACUUAAAAGUAAAGUAUUGACAUUCAUGUUUCUACAGUUUAUUUUUUAUGUAACAAUGUCCUGCUUUGCUCUGGAUGUAUGUAUGUACAGUAUCACUGUGUGUAUCGCUCUCUACCGCUUGUAUAGAAUAGCAUUUAUUUUUUUAUACUUUAUAUAUUGUUACUGCUACUAAUUUUUUUUUUUUUGGGGGGGUUUAAACGUCAUAGUUUCAGGAGUUUAGCCACAAAAGGCAUCCUGUCUCAUUGUUGCACUUUACUUCACUGUGGACAGAUUGGUCGUGACUCAUCCAAGCCCCCUUGAUCAGUAGCCAGUCAUUGUGUUUGGACAGUGUUGUGAGUUUUUGCCUAAAUCCUUCAGUUCGAGCCGCCAGGGAGUUCAGCAGUACCGGGUUGAAAGAGUCACGUCUGUGUGUGUGUGUCUGUGUCUGUGUGUGUGAGACUCACUGCUUACAGACUUGUUUUUUUUUAAAAUGUGCUCACCAUUGCUAAGCUGUAGUUGCAUCAAAUGAAACAAAAAAAAAAAAAAAAAACACUUUGGUAUUCUCUGUUUAUUGUCUGGUUUCCAGUUCAAUUAACUGUCACAUUGUUGGUGUGUGUGGUUGGGAGGAUGGAGGAAAUGGCUUUAAAUGGAAGUCAUGCUUUUUAGAAAAAUAAGAUGGAAGUAGUUGGCAAAUUAAUGAGCUGCUUACGUGUGUUUUUAAGAAAAAAAUAUGUUUAACAAAGACUGAGUUUGAACAUAAAGGUGCUUUAAUUAAACCUAUUUGUCUCUAUGAACAGUACAA